UAUUAGAUUUUUGAAAUGAUAUUAUUUCAAGCACCAUCUUUAUUAUUUUUUUUUUCCCCCUUCUCCAUUUAUUUUGCUGGGGUGGUAUCUGGUCCGAGUCUGUCCAGUCACCUUGACAACAUUGGCCCAAUGACAGCGCACACGCGAACUAGGCCAGCCAAUCAGAAGCGGCCCCCACAAAGCUGCGCAUCGCGCGCACAUGCACGCACGGGGCACGUAUAUUCUGUUUGUCUUUCGCCAUCCAUGCGCACGCGAGUGACAUGAGGAGCGUCACUAUCAUGCUUGUGUUCCUUGUCCGAGUUGUGCAGGGAGCGCUGGUUGAGCAGCAGCCCCCCCAGGAGCCGGGUCGCCCGGCCUGACUCGGCGUUUUCUCCCCGGUGACAGCGGAGGCCAACUCGGCGCAUCUUCCCACAUCCUCCUCCUCCUCUUCGCCUCCCUCCCGCCAUGGCCUUGGUGACUCUGCAUCGCUGCCCCAGCCCGAGUGCAGCAUCCUCGGCCAGCAGUGCGGUGGAGGACUUUGGAAGCGAUGAGGAUCGCAAAAAUAAUCAAUGCCUCAGCGAGAGCUUCUUAAUGGUGAAGGGAGCCGCCCUCUUCCUCCAGCAGGGCAGCAGCACAGAGCCACCCGACAUGCCGACCCAGCACAAACACGCAGGCGACUUGCCUCAACACCUGCAGGUCAUGUUUAAGAUACUCCGCUCGGAAGAUCGCAUUAAGCUGGCGGUGAGACUGGAAAGCGGCUGGUCGGAGCGUGUGCGAUACAUGCUGGUGGUGUAUACAAGCGGCCAUCAGGGCACGGAGGAGAACGUCAUCCUCGGAGUGGAUUUGGCCCACCAAGACAGCUGCUCCAUCGGGAUGGUGCUGCCACUGUGGAGCGAUACCAACAUACACUUGGAUGGAGACGGAGGCUUCAGCGUGAAGACGGCGGGGCGCUCUCAUGCCUUCAAGCCCGUGUCUGUGCAGGCCAUGUGGUUCGCCCUUCAGGUGGUGCACAAGGCGUGCGAGGUGUCUCGCCGCUUCAGCUACUUCCCCGGCGGCCCGUCCUUCGCAUGGAUGCCGUUCUACGAAAGCCGCAUGUCGUCCGAGCAGAGCUGCGUCAACGAGUGGAACGCCAUGACAGACCUGGAGAGCACUCGCCCCGACUCCCCUGCCAUCUUUGGGGACCAGCCAACUGAAAGGGAGCGAACGGAGAGUCUGAUUAAAGCCAAGCUACGUGGCAUCAUGAUGUUCCAAGACUUGGAGAAUAUCACUUCCAAGGAGAUCCGCAACGAGCUGGAGCAACACAUGAGCUGCAACCUGAAAAAAUUUAAGGAAUUCAUCGACAACGAAAUGCUGCUCAUCCUGGGUCAGAUGGACAAGGCCACGCCCAUCUUUGACCACGUCUACUUGGGCUCGGAAUGGAACGCUUCCAACCUAGAGGAACUUCGUGAUUGUGGCGUCGGCUACAUCCUGAACGUGACGAGAGAGGUUGACAACUUUUUCCCGGGCAUCUUUUCCUAUCACAACGUACGCGUUUACGACGAGGACGCCAGCGACCUGCUGGCCCAUUGGAACGACACCUACAACUUUAUUGUCAAAGCCAGGAAGAACAGCUCCAAGUGCCUGGUGCACUGCAAGAUGGGCGUCAGCCGCUCGGCCUCCACGGUGAUGGCCUACGCCAUGAAGGAGUACGGAUGGCCCCUGGAGAAAGCUUACAACUUUGUCAAGCAGAAGCGCAGCGUCGCUCAACCCAACGCCGGAUUCAUGAGGCAGCUGGCGGAAUACCAGGGCAUCUUGGAUGCCAGCAACCAGCAUUACAACAAGCUGUGGAGACCCGGCGUGGAUGAGGAAGUCUCGGACGAUUUGCCAGCCUCAAGCGAGUGCUCGGAGCGCAAUGAGGACAAAGAGGAGGCCUGGGGGGUCUGCGGGGCGUCUCCCUGCCUGGGUUUGGAGAUGGAGCCCCUGGACUCUCUCAACUACAACUACUACUUUCGACGGUUGUCUGACUCGGCGCUGGACAGCGAGCCCUCCACGCCAGUACGAGGGCCCCCCCUGCUGGGCAUGGAGAGGGUCUUCAUCGAGAUUGAGGACGUGGAGCGGGACGCCCUCCUGGAGGACGAGGGCUUCCCCGUGGCCCACCUGGCGUUGCCAAGCGGCUGUGGUGGGGGGACGGGGGCGCAGACGUGUGGGCGUCUGGACCCCCUGGAGGACAUGAGGCUGAGGCUGGAGUUCAGCACACUGGAGGAGGAAGACGAGGAGGAAGCCAAGAAGGAGGAGGCCGAGAUGGCCGCCUUGGAGGGGAAGAAGCACGCGGAGGAAAGCCGUCUCGGUCUGGCCAACUUGAACACCAACAACAGCAACCGGCUGGCCGCCAAGCGGAGCUGCCCGGCUGCGUUUGACGACAGUGCUAGUACGGGCAACCCUUUAAAAGUCAAACCCUCCUACCAGUCCUGCAAAGACUGCUGCCUUCGUCUACCGCAGGGUCGGCGCUGCGACCGCCCGGCGGGGACACGAUCCCACCGCCUCAACCCCUCUCACCCUAUUCGACACUGCACCCUCCCCACCAUCUGCAUCGACCCCCCGGGAACCAUUUUCAUUUCACAGUCUCUACCGGAUCCUUCCGCCGAGGUCCCGCUUCUUCGCCAGAAACUGGUCUCGCCCAUGAGUUGUGAAGACCCCACACAUGCUUGCAACUCGGCAGACGUAGAAGUUAUGGACGAACCAGAGGUCAAAGGACAGAGCAGUUCUCAGGCUUAGUCGGAAAUUGAGCGAAUCAAAACAGGACGCAUUAAAAAAAGUCUUAAGGACCCGUGAACUCAACCCCAAAAUAUAAAUUAAACAAGAAUUUAGCAAUUUGGUUUGAAGUGGCAAAUUGAGUCUUUGGUGCAUCCUAGAAAAUUUGUAAAAAUAGUCCGUUGACACCAUUUUCACCAAAUGACACGAGUGGGUGGACGUUUCUUUCAUAAGAGGACGCAUGAAAGGACCAAAUCGUUGUACUUUCACCUUCUGCUAUUUAUGAUUUUUGACGCCCUGUUGGAAGCAGGUAAAUGACACAAAUGGCUUUUUUUGUUGCUCUAAUUCAUCUGAUUUGGAUGUAACCUGGCAUCUAAGUUCAUUUUGAGGAUCUGGGAACCCCCCC